CCUCGCUUGAUACUAUUAAAAAACAUUGCACACGAUCAUGCGAAGCCGUGAAUCCUACCGCCUUUAUUUAGCGCCGGCGUUCCCGCGUUAAUAAUUUCUCCUGAAUCGGAGGACCAAUAAUCAGCUGACGCACCGUUGUUUUGAUGUCGGCGGACCGUGCCAGCCUGACUGUAGAGAGACGACGGACGACGGCGAGGGGAGAGAUUUCUCUUUCUUUACCUAAGCACUGAGUCGGGAUUUAGUGAAUACAAGUUCAAUUAGAUAAACGACCGCAAAGAUGGGAGUACCAAAGUUUUUUAGAUGGAUGUCUGAACGAUAUCCUUGCCUCAGCGAGAUUGUCAAGGAAUACCAGAUUCCUGAGUUUGACAAUCUGUACCUGGAUAUGAAUGGUAUUAUCCACCCAUGUUCGCAUCCAGAUGACUCUAACCCACACUUCCGCAUCACCGAGGAGACAAUAUUCAACAACAUCUUUCAUUACAUUGAGGUUCUGUUCCGCAUGAUCCGCCCGAAGAAGGUGUUCUUUAUGGCGGUGGACGGCGUGGCGCCCCGAGCCAAGAUGAAUCAGCAGCGCGGCCGCAGGUUCCGCUCAGUUCGCGAGGCACAGGACCGGGAGCGCGAGGCGCGCAACCGCGGCGAGGUGCUUCCCACCGAGAAACGCUUCGACUCCAACUGCAUCACGCCCGGCACGGGGUUCAUGGUCCGUCUGAACGCCCAGCUGCGCUACUUCGUGGCCAGGAAGAUCAGCACCGACCCGCUCUGGCAGGGCAUCCGCGUCAUCCUCUCGGGACACGACGUGCCUGGCGAGGGGGAGCACAAGGUGAUGGAGUUUAUUCGGUACGAGAAGUCGCUGCCUGACUACGACCACAACACACGACACUGUCUGUACGGGCUGGACGCCGACCUGAUCGUGCUGGGCCUGUGCACGCACGAGCCCCACUUCAGCCUGCUCAGAGAGGAGGUGCUGUUCACCAAGCAGCAGACGAAGCGGACCACGGUGCCGGAGGAGAUGACGUUCUACCUGCUGCACCUGAGCUUGUUCCGCGAGUACCUGGGGUACGAGUUCAGCGACCUGGAGAAGGAUUUGCCGUUCAAGUUCGACCUGGAGCGCAUCAUCGACGACUGGGUGAUGCUGGGCUUCCUGGUGGGUAACGACUUCGUGCCUCACCUGCCGAACCUGCACAUCCGCGAGAACGCGCUGCCCACCGUCUACCGCUGCUACAAGCAGGUGCUGCCCACACUGGAUGGCUACAUUAAUGACGGCGGCACGCUGGUGCUGGAGCGUUUCGAGGCGCUAAUGCAGCAGCUGGCCCAGUGGGAGCUGGACAGACUGGAGGAUAAGGCGGCCGACCAGCGCUGGCUCGACUCCAAACGCCAGCAGGGCACCAUGGACAUCCGCUACUCCGCCGGCAAAGCGCGAGACAAAAAGAGCAACAUCAAGCUGAAGGGCCGCGCCGAUUUCGAGUCGUUCGCCAUGUUUGACGGUCUGGACGGCCUGGAGGACGGCGAGGAACUGGAGCCGAGCAAGAACAAAUCCGUGUUCAGUGAGAUCCACACCAACAUCGACGACGAGCUGUUGGAGGGUGACGAGUCGGUCUCGGAGCUCGAGUACCGUCAGCAGCGGCGCCACUACUACCAGACCAAGAUGGACGUCGACAUCUGCCCCGAGGAGGCGCUCCGACUGGCCGUCGAGUAUGUGCGCGCCAUCCAGUGGAUCCUGCACUACUACUACGACGGCGUGUGCUCGUGGUCCUGGUUCUACCCGUCCCACUAUGCGCCCUACAUCGGCGACGUGCGCGGCUUCAGCGCCGUACCGGGCGUGGUGGACUUCGAGUACGGCCGGCCGUUCCUGCCGUACGAGCAGCUUCUGGCCGUGCUGCCGGCCGCCAGCCAGGACUCGCUGCCCGAAUGUCUGCGGCCGCUCAUGACCUCCCCCCAGUCGCCCAUCAUCGACUACUACCCGGAGACGUUCGAGACAGACCUCAACGGCAAGACGCAGGACUGGGAGGCGGUGGUGCUGAUCCCGUUCAUCGACCAGGAGCGACUCCUGGCCGCCAUCCGGCCGCUUUACGACCAGCUGACGCCUGAAGAGGCGGCGCGCAACGUGCACGGCGACGCCCACCUGAUCGAGUACACGGCUGAGGACCAGGGGCGCACGGAGUCGCCGGGCUACUUCCCGCCGCUGCGACACACCUUCGCCCGGGUGACGGCGCGGCCGCGCGACCCGUUCAUCGCCGAGCGCCGCCACCUCCGCAAGGGCUUGCUGCCGGGCGCGCGGCUGGACGUGCUGGCCGCCGGCUUCCCGACGCUGCGCCACGUGCCGCACUCGUUCCACCUGGCGCGCUGCAAGGUGAAGGUGUUCCAGCAGGCCUCGAUGGGCGAGAACAUGAUGCUGACGGUGCGCACGCCGUGGGGAGAUGGUGAGCCGGACGCCGAAGCAGAGGCGCGCCGGCUGCUCGGCCGAGUCGUGUUCGUCCAGUGGCCGCACCUCACAGAGGCCACCGUGGUGUCUGUGGCCACGCCGGAGAAGAAGUACAGCCUGCAGAAGGGCUCCACCGACCAGCUGAGUGUGCAGCCGCUCAGCGACACCGACCGCACCGUCUGGAUCGGACACAUGCACGACAUCAAGAGCGAGUACGAGGGCCGUCGGGGUAUUCUGACGGACGACAUCCCCGUGCUGGUGUACGCCAAACCUCUGACCGGACGGAAACACGCGGCUACCCCCGACGGCCACGUGGUGCUUCAGAAACAGUGGUCGACGGUGCCGAAGCCGUUCGCGCUACAGACCUGUGUCCGCGAGCUGAAGACGCUGGAGGGCAGCUACACCAAGUACACCUCGGUGGCCGACCUCUUCGACAAGGGCUCCCACUGCUUCGUGCUCGCCCCUGACUCCUACGCCUCAAUGGGAAAGGUGAUCGAGGUGACGGAGCGGGGUCGGGUGCGUCUGGACGUCACCCUCACUCCGGAGCCGGACUUCAGCGCCGUGCAGCGCAAGGAGGCCCGCCUGGCGGCCACCUAUUUCCCAGGGUACGUGGUGGCGCAGAAGCUAGGCAUCACCUCACACCUGGUAUCGCGGCUGACUGGCUGCCUGCUGCUGGAGCCCGGUGGCGGCGCGCGCGCCAACGGAGCCUCCAACAUCGUCGGCGAACUGGAGGACGCGCGCAUCGACCGGGACGCCAAGUUCAACUGCGCCAUCGAGAUCAAACACAACAAGAAAAACGAGGAGAUGCCGGGCUACUCGCGGCGCAAGGACGGCCAGUGGAUGUACUCGGGCCGGCUGAUCGACGUGCUCCGAGAGUACAUGUCGCUGUUCCCGGAGCUUAUCGAAUUCCUCGGACGGAACACAGAGGGCUUCAAGUUCAAGGAGGGGGACAUCUGGCCCGAGCCCGAAAUAAGGGCGCGCCGGGUCCGCCAGCUGAAGGACUGGCUGAAGCAGGUGCCGUGCGCGCAGACGGAGCGCUGGCCGUGCGGCGCGCCGCUGCUGGAAGCGGAGGUAGUGCGCGCGCUGGAGCAGGCCGUGGACCAGCACCGGCCGUCGCAGCCGCGCACCCGGCUCAGCGUCAAACCGCACCUGCUCUACAAGCCCAGUCAGAUUGGCGGCAGCGCUCCUCCCGACCCCGAGGCCACCUACCAGCUCUAUGAUCGGGUAAUCAACGUGCGUGAGGGCUUCAGCGUGCCACUCGGCGCCAAGGGAACCGUCAUCGGUAUCCGCGAGGCGGCCGAGCCGGCGGACGUGCUGUACGAGGUGCUGUACGACGAGCCGUUCGAGGGAGGUCUGGCACUGCGCUGCUCAGCCGGCCGCGGCUACAAGAUGCCGCCCUUCAGCCUGAUGAACAUCAGCCACGGCCUGCGACUCAAGUUCGGGCAGACGGGCCAGACGGUGGCCGCUGCCGCCGCCGGAGCGGGCCGGGCGACCAACGGCGCCGCGUCAGCGUCCGGAGGUCUGGCGCAGUUCUCUCACUCCCCGGGCUCACCGUUUGCCGAGACGCACCGCUCACCUACCACGGCCCGGAACCACGUACCGGCUCAGCAGCAGAGGGAGGCCAGGACGGCAGCGGAUCGGCAGCCGGGUCGCGUCGCGCCCCAGCCAGCCCGCAGUCCGGAGAAGCAGCGGCAGGCGGCCCAAAAGGUCCCUCAGCCAGCGGCGGCGGCGGUCAACCGGGCUUCCCCGGGCGGCGGUGGCAGUCCCCACCGACAGAAGGUCAGUCCCCACCGACAGAAGGUGGCGGGCUCCGGUCGGCUGGCGCACCUCGCUCGCCAGCCGGCCACGCCGCCCAUGCCGCCGAUGCCUCCGAUGCCGCCGAUGCCGAGCUGCGGGGACACUUUUACGGACAUCUGGCAGGAUCUGCAGCGGGCGGCGGCCGCGCCGGCCGGCGCCGCCGUGUCGCUGGGACAGACGCCGCAGGUCGGGCACGUGGCGCCCGCCCGGCAGGUGGUGCCGGUGUCGGCGGGGCCGCUGCCGGCUGGCCUGCUGCCCGUGCCCGUGCCCUCCUCUCUGUCGGCCCCGGUGACCGCUGCACCGGCCAGCGACGGCCGGGCCGUGCGCGAGGCCCCUGCUAAGUCGCCCGCUGAGGCCCCGGCGCACCCCGUCCGGCCGGCCCCGGCCCCGGCCCAGCCGGUCCGCCCCGCCCAGCAGCUCGACUCCUGUGACCGUCUGCUGCGGCUGCUGCAGAACACCGAUGGCGGAGUACCUCGGUACACGUAUGUUGCCUCAGACGGAGGUUCGUUCGUGGCCACGGUGGUGCUGCCCAGCGGCCGGUCUGUCCGCGGCGGGUCCGCUCCCAGCCGGGACCAGGCGGCCUCUCUGGCGGCGGCGGCUGCCCUGAGCGAGCUGGGGUCCCCGACCCAGCCACCUACAGCGACUACAGUAACAGCAGCGCCGGCGGGCGGCCGACCGAGCGGGGGCCGGCAGCAGCAACCACCGGCCGCAGGUGCCGACUUCCUGAACAUGCUGCGCACACCAGUGCGCGCCACGCAGCCGCCGCCGGCCACCGGGGACAUAACGCACAGCCUACUGCAGAUGCUGGGACAGCCGGCCGGCGGCGCGGGCGGGCAGCCGGCGGCGGCAGGCAGGCAGCCACACUCGGCCGCCCCCGCCCCCGCCCCCGCCCCCGCCCAGAGUCACGGCCGGCCCAGGAAGUCGACCCACUCCGCCCCCGCCCCCGCCCCGGCCGGCCAGGGCGGCCGCUCAGCCGUGAACGGUGGCCGACACGGCGGCUUCGUGCCCAUGCAGGUCACCAAGAAGGGCACGCCCAAGAAGGCGGAGCCGGGGGCGGCCGGCGGCGGGCGGAAGAAGCCUGUGGCCGGAGAGACCGCGCCCGCCGCCGCCGGGCCGGAGAAGGUCACAGCGCCGGCUGCCGCCAACGGGGCCGGUCCGUCCGCCGCUACGCCGGCCGCGGAGGGGCAGGCGGCCGCGGCCGACCAGCCGGGCGCGGCGCCUCCCAAAAAGCCGGCCGGACGCGCCCGCCUCUUCCGACGAGCGCCCAAAAAUCGACUGGCGUGCAAGUUUUAGCGUGGAAUAGUACGGGUGCCUGGGAUGGGGCGCCUCAGGGACACUCUGGCUUUGGGCUCUGAGGAGUCCGUGGCGUGUUUUAGCUGAGCACAAAUUGCUGACGAGAGGAAGGAAGGCUGCGGCGGUGAGAGGGAGGCCAUAUUUUAUCAACACCAAAGGUACAAUUAGUUUGAUCAACUGACGAGAUAACAAGACUAGUCUCGUUUGCCUGGUUCGCAAUGAACCACUCAAUCUGUUUUUCUUCGGUGUGUCUGUAGUAGAAUAGGCCGUCCCGAACCGGACUCGGUCCUCUAUUAACGCUUCAGAAUGUGUAUAUAAAGCCGGAGCCUCGUUGAGGCGGUUGCGCGGCGCCGCGGGUCGUCGUCCUGGGCGGCCACGCGCCCGCUCCCUGCGGCGCCGGGUGAGGACAGGCUGUGCUGCUGAUUGUGAUGGUACCGUCACCACGGUCCGUGGCGUCACCGGCGGUCAGUUAGCGACAUUGUCGGCACUGACGUGGUGUGCGGCCCUCGGCCACUCGGCGGAUAGAGAGCUGUCGGUGCCGGAAUGCCGCCGUGCGCGCCGCGGCGGAGCAUGGCCUGUCACCGGCAGGCAGGGCCGCCCGCCGCGACCGGUGGCUCGUGCAGUGUGUACUUAGUGCAGAGUGGGCACCGCCCACCGCUGUUACGCGGCUGUGGACGCCGUGUAACGCAGUGUGACGACGUGACGCUGGCGUGAUGUGAGGUGGCGGACAACCUGUGACGGUUCCGAGACGAUAAACCGGACAACCUGUGACGGGUUCCGGGACAGUACAACACUCCCUAGCUCGGUCCGGGGCAGACUUGUCGGGUUGUAGUGUGAUCUGUCACGUCUGGCCGGGCCACGUGCGCCCGUGUCUGGGCGCUCACGUGCGCCCGUGUCUGUGCGCUCCCGUGCGCCCGUGUCUGGGCGCUCACGUGCGCCCGUGUUUGUGCGCUCCCGUGCGCCCGUGUCACGGCUGGGCGACCUCCCACCGCCCCCCCCCCCCGAGCUGACCUCCGUGAGGUGCGGCCACACCGCCGCCGCUGCCGCUGGAGAGUACUCGCACACUGCCCACCGUCCGCCCGAAACCAAUACACGACUGCGGCCCUCA